CAGCAGCAGCACGAGAAGACGCUGAGGAUGCGGACCGCGGGAUGGACGCGCGCCGGGUGCCUGGGCUGCUGCUGCCUCUUCCUGCCGCUCUGGCUCAGCCUGGCGGCCGCCAAGCAACUCCUCCGGUACCGGCUGGCGGAGGAGGGCCCCGCGGACGUCCGCAUCGGGAACGUGGCUGCCGACCUGGGCAUCGUGACCGGCUCCGGGGAGGUGACUUUCAGCCUGGAGUCGGGCUCCGAGUACCUGAAGAUCGACAACAUCACGGGCGAGCUGAGCACGAGCGAGCGGCGCAUAGACCGCGAGAAGCUGCCCCAGUGUCAGAUGAUCUUCGACGAGAACGAGUGCUUCCUGGACUUCGAGGUGUCGGUCAUCGGGCCCUCGCAGAGCUGGGUGGACCUGUUUGAGGGUCGGGUCAUCGUGCUGGACAUCAACGACAACACGCCCACCUUCCCUUCGCCCGUGCUCACGCUCACGGUGGAGGAGAACCGGCCGGUGGGCACCCUGUACCUGCUCCCCACCGCCACCGACCGCGACUUCGGUCGCAACGGCAUCGAGCGCUACGAGCUGCUCCAGGAGCCCGGGGGCGGCGGCGGCGAGGGCCGGCGCGCCGUGCCGGCAGACAGCGCCCCCUACCCCGGGGGCGGCGGGAACGGCGCGGGGGGCGGCGGCCCCGGGGGCUCCAAGCGGCGGCUGGACGCGCCCGAGGCCGGCGGCGGCGCGGGGGGCGCGGGCGGCCGCAGCAGCAGCAGCGUGUUCGAGCUGCAGGUGGCGGACACCCCGGACGGCGAGAAGCAGCCGCAGCUGAUCGUGAAGGGGGCGCUGGACCGCGAGCAGCGCGACUCUUACGAGCUGACCCUGCGGGUGCGCGACGGCGGCGACCCGCCGAGGUCCUCCCAGGCCAUCCUGAGGGUGCUCAUCACCGACGUGAACGACAACAGCCCCCGCUUCGAGAAGAGCGUCUACGAGGCCGACCUGGCCGAGAACAGCGCCCCGGGGACCCCCAUCCUGCAGCUGCGUGCCGCGGACCUGGACGUGGGGGUCAACGGGCAGAUCGAGUACGUGUUUGGGGCGGCCACCGAGUCGGUGCGGCGGCUGCUGCGCCUCGACGAGUCGUCCGGCUGGCUCAGCGUCCUGCACCGCAUCGACCGCGAGGAGGUGAACCAGCUGCGCUUCAGCGUCAUGGCGCGCGACCGCGGCCAGCCCCCCAAGACCGACAAGGCCACGGUGGUCCUCAACAUCAAAGACGAGAACGACAACGUGCCGUCUAUUGAGAUUCGCAAGAUCGGGCGCAUCCCGCUCAAGGACGGGGUGGCCAACGUGGCCGAGGACGUUCUGGUCGACACCCCCAUUGCCCUGGUGCAGGUGUCCGACCGAGACCAAGGCGAGAACGGCGUGGUCACCUGCACGGUGGUGGGCGACGUGCCCUUCCAGCUCAAGCCGGCCAGUGACAGCGAGGGCGACCAGAACAAGAAGAAGUACUUUCUGCACACCUCGGCCCCUCUGGACUACGAGGCUACCCGCGAGUUCAACGUGGUCAUCGUGGCCGUGGACUCCGGCAGCCCCAGCCUCUCCAGCAACAACUCGCUGAUCGUCAAGGUGGGCGACACCAAUGACAACCCGCCAGUUUUCGGUCAGUCCGUGGUGGAGGUCUACUUCCCUGAAAACAACAUCCCCGGGGAGAGGGUAGCCACGGUGUUGGCGACAGACGCCGACAGUGGCAAGAACGCGGAGAUCGCCUAUUCUCUGGAUUCCUCCGUGCUGGGCACCUUCGCCAUCGAUCCGGACUCGGGGGACAUCCUGGUGAAUACGGUGCUGGACCGCGAGCAGACGGACAGGUAUGAGUUUAAAGUUAACGCCAAAGACAAAGGGCUCCCGGUGCUGCAGGGCAGCACCACGGUGAUCGUGCAGGUGGCCGACAAGAAUGACAAUGACCCCAAGUUUAUGCAGGACGUCUUCACCUUUUACGUGAAAGAAAACUUGCAGCCCAACAGCCCCGUGGGGAUGGUGACGGUGAUGGAUGCUGACAAGGGGCGCAACGCCGAGAUGAGUCUGUACAUAGAGGAGAACAGUAACAUUUUCUCUAUUGAAAACGACACGGGGACCAUCUACUCCACCACUUCUUUCGACCGGGAGCAUCAGACCACAUACACGUUCAGGGUCAAGGCCGUGGACGGGGGCGAUCCUCCCAGGUCCGCCACCGCCACUGUGUCUCUUUUUGUGAUGGAUGAAAAUGACAAUGCGCCCACCAUCACCCUGCCCAGAAACGUUUCCUACACCUUGCUGCCACCCUCCAGUGACGUGAGGACGGUGGUAGCCACAGUGCUGGCAGCAGACAGUGAUGAUGGCGUCAAUGCAGACUUGAACUACAGCAUUGUGGGAGGGAAUCCCUUCAAGCUGUUUGAAAUCGACUCUGCCAGUGGUGUGGUGUCUUUGGUGGGGAAACUCACUCAGAAGCAUUAUGGCUUGCACAGGUUGGUGGUGCAGGUGAAUGACAGCGGGCAACCUUCCCAGUCCACCACCACGCUCGUGCAUGUGUUUGUCAAUGAGAGUGUCUCCAAUGCUACUGUGAUUGACUCCCAGAUAGCCAGAAGUUUGCACACCCCUCUCACCCAGGAUAUAGCUGGGGACCCAAGCUAUGAGAUAAGCAAACAGAGACUCAGCAUUGUCAUUGGGGUGGUGGCUGGCAUUAUGACAGUGAUUCUGAUAAUCUUGAUCGUGGUGAUGGCAAGGUACUGUCGGUCCAAAAGUAAAAACGGCUAUGAGGCCGGCAAGAAGGAUCACGAGGACUUUUUUACACCCCAACAGCAUGACAAAUCUAAAAAACCUAAAAAGGACAAGAAAAACAAAAAAUCCAAGCAGCCUCUCUAUAGCAGCAUUGUCACUGUAGAAGCUUCCAAACCCAAUGGACAGAGGUAUGACAGUGUCAAUGAGAAGCUGUCAGACAGCCCAAGCAUGGGGCGAUACCGAUCUGUCAAUGGGGGACCUGGCAGUCCUGACCUGGCCAGGCAUUACAAAUCCAGUUCCCCAUUGCCUACUGUCCAGCUUCACCCCCAGUCACCAACUGCAGGGAAAAAACACCAGGCCGUACAAGAUCUACCACCAGCCAACACCUUUGUGGGAGCGGGAGACAAUAUUUCCAUUGGAUCAGAUCACUGCUCUGAGUACAGCUGUCAAACCAAUAACAAGUACAGCAAACAGCCGUUUCGUAGAGUGACGUUUUCUGUUGUGAGUCAGCCUCAGGACCCACAUCAGGGCUCACUGCAGAGUUGCUAUGACAGCGGGCUGGAGGAGUCAGAAACACCAAGCAGUAAGAGUUCAUCAGGGCCAAGACUGGGUGCCCUUCCACUCCCAGAGGACAACUAUGAAAGGACCACGCCGGAUGGCAGUGUUGGUGAGGCAGAGCAUAUGGAAAAUGGCACCCAACUGGAGAGUGGUGUCAUUAAAUGGGAUUGGAUAUAUAUGGGAGGAGAUUCAAGGCCUCUUCCAGAUGUAGCCAUGACUGGGAAGUGCACUCGUGAGUGUGACGAGUACGGCCACUCAGACUCCUGCUGGAUGCCUGUCCGCACGUCCCCGGAGAGGAAGAAGAGCCAGCCCAAACUCUCCACUUUCAUGCCUGUUGAUGAACGAGGAAGCCAGGAGAAGCUGGCCAAUGGCGAGGCUGCUGUCAUGGGCGACCGCAACAGAAACCUCCUGAACAAAAAGUUGACCUCAUCCUAUGAGACCUUCAGUGCAGCUAGUUUCAGCAAAAAUGAGGAAGCCAAUCCUGAGGAUAUUCCCCUGACAAAAACAGGGGAAUAUAAGCCAUCUCCUGUCAACACUCUCACUAGAAGAGAAGUUUACCUGUAGGCUGUCAAAGAGCAAGAGCAAAGUUCUUUUCAUGUACGAGAAGGAGAAUAUGGGG